GACGAAGAAUUGCCUGCUACUCACAUUGAACAGUUCAAACAUAUACGGACUUACUGAAAUAAUGGGAGAAGUGUGCGAGAAUGUCUUAAUGAGACUUGGUGCCUUUGUGAUAACCAGUAUAGAAUUAGCAGUUGUUUGGUUGGGUUAUUCUUUGAGGAGUUUUCUGAGAUAUGAAAAAAACACAGUGAAGGUUCUUGCUCCAUUUUCAUAUUGUGAUCAAAUUGAUCUUGAAAAAUGGAUUGUUGAUUCUGACACGACAAUAGCCUGUUUCUUGAUGCUGCCUAUUUUAGCAUGUUUAGGCACAUUGAUUGCGUCUAUUUGCACUUGCAAAGAAAAACACAAUGAGUGGCUCUUAUUGGGCUUGGCAUUCCUCCUAUGGUAUCCCUUCUUCAUAUACAUGUACAUUGCAAUAAUGCACUAUUUUAUUAUGAUUUGCACUGAUAUCAGAUAUUAUUUUAAUGGUAUGUUAUACAUAUUCUUGAUAUCAGCAGUCUCUACAUGUACAAUAAAAAUACUUAUUAUAUCAGUGUGUGUGGUAACAAGCAUCAGGGAUAUUAAGAAAUGUAAAUGUUCAAGCUGCACUGCAUUGUUUGUGUACUUUGCAUGGCUUGUGGCCUAUAUCCUAACUGUUGUCUUUUUUGCCCUGUCUUUGGCUAUGCCACUGAAUGAACCGACAAAACUACUGGAGAAUUGGAACAAAACUGAGCUUUACUUUGUAAAGAAAGGAGCAUUUAAUGACCAGACUGAGUACAAAGUGGCUAAUAACAUUUCCAUGGAUGCAGACUGGUACGACAGUGCUUAUAUUGUCAACAGCAGUCAAGUGCUUUAUAUUUCUGCUUUGGAGAAAUUCAAUGACAAAAAUAAAACACACUAUAUUGUAUGCGGUGGAGUGAUAAAGUUAAUGCCCAAACACUUCGAUGACAAACUGGAUUAUCAUAUUAUCACUCUUUUUCUUCAAAUAAUAAAAAGAAAGAAUCAACAUUAUUUCAUAAAACCCAUAAUACAAUACAACAUCCAGAUUGCAUCAACAACUAGAAAAACAGCAACUGGAAAAGAACCAAUAUUUAGAUACCGAAAUAUGUCAGAUAUGGGCUAUGAGUUGCAUCUUUUAGUGCAUGAGAGGAAUUCUACCUUGGGCAAAAACAAAGAUGGCAUUAUUCUCUACAGGCCGCCAUCUGACCAGUUCAGAUUGUUAAAUCGUAACUUCACUAGCUGUGACAAAAUUAAUGCGGACAAUUUAGAUCAGCUUGACUUUUCUCUAAGUGAUGAUAUUUGGUAAGCAUUAAAAAUAUGGAUUGGAUCAAGUCACACUGGGAAAAACCUUUACAAUGGUAAAGUCAGAUACUGUUGUCACAAAUGGCGGACAUAACCGUC